UUUAGACACCAUGAAAGAGCAACUGAAAGCAAGUAGGAUUAAGAUUUUGGCUGCCUUGCUGGUCUUCGCCAUGGUUACUCAAGGCUUGGCGAUUCGGGUCAAGGGGACGGUGAGGAAUGACAUCACCGAUGAGGCUGUCAGCGCAAAAACCACCCUCGGUGCAGGCAGCAGCACAACCGUUGACAACCACCAUGCAAUCCCACGGGACCAGUAUAGUAGCCAUGGAGGAGAGGACGGAUCAGGUGGCAGUGGUGGUGAUACUACAAAGAACUAGUGCCAUUCUCAGAGACUGUUCUGUUCGCCCAAGAUACAUAUUCUGAUCUCUAAUUUCAUAUUGUAUAGAUGCCAGCAGCGCUAAUAUUAUUACUAUUCAUGCCUACAUGAAAUGAAGCUGCUUAAGGGAAGAGUAAUGUCGAAGAUAGUAUGCUUGUUAUUUACAUCCUCACAGAAGGAAAAAGCUAUGUUUCGUUUGAAGAAUAAAGAAGAGCUAUGUGUGUAAGGAAACAUUCAUGAUUAACACGGCAGUCAUCAAUAAAAUUCAUGCCUGCAA